GUCACGGGACUGCGACGGAGCGCGAGCGGAAAAGCAGGGCUAGGCUUGUAAUGUGUCGCCGGCCCGCUGGGCGGGAAGAGGGUGGUUUUCUGAUGUGACGCCCUGUGGUGCCGGUUCCGGGUUAGCGGGUCGGGGAAUGACCUAAUUGCACACCUGUUCUCUGACGUCACUGCAGCCUAUGGAAGAAGAAUCAGUGCCAGAUUUUGGAGUUCAGGAAUGACCUUAGACAAUAUCAAUUGGGCAGCUGUGGAUCGAAUAAUCCGGGUGGAUCACGCAGGUGAAUAUGGAGCAAACCGCAUCUAUGCUGGGCAGAUGGCCGUCCUGGGCCGGACAAGCAUCGGGCCGGCCAUUCAGAAAAUGUGGGAUCAAGAAAAGGACCACUUAAAAAAGUUCAAUGAGUUGAUGGUUGCCUUCAGGGUGCGGCCGACUGUUCUGAUGCCCUUUUGGAACGUGGUGGGAUUUGCACUGGGUGCAGGAACUGCCCUGCUGGGGAAGGAGGGCGCCAUGGCCUGCACCGUGGCUGUGGAAGAGUCCAUAGCGCACCACUACAACAACCAGAUUCGAAGGCUGAUGGAGGAGGAUCCUGCCAAAUACGAGGAGCUGCUUCAGGUGAUAAGGAAGUUUCGGGAUGAAGAGCUUGAGCACCAUGACAUAGGCCUGGAACACGGCGCAGAGCUGGUGGGGACCCACUUUCCCUGUUUGCUCGAGGCUCCAGGAUACACCGUUCUGAAGAGCGUUAUCCAGGCCGGAUGCAGUGUGGCGAUAUAUUUAUCAGAAAGAUUUUAAAUUGUGUCCACUUUUCCCUGUGUAUAAAUGAUGAGAGUAAUUUAACGAGUGACAUGGGCAGAAAAGGAAACAUACGAUCAUUGUUCUGUGAAUUUGCUAUUAAACUAUGAGAGGUUUUUUUCAUUAAAAAAAAAAAAAGGCUCUCCAGUGUU